AUGCCCGCUCCUGUCGCCCACAGCGCCUUCGGCGCUGAUGACUUUAAGGUCGAUUCCCGCUUUCUCUCGCAUAUGGCCUUCCUCUGCUCUCCGGACAAGCCGGUGGAGACGUCAACUGUGGUUGGCAAAUAUGCCGUAAGUGAGAUCUGCGUCUCUCAGGCAGAGAUGGCCGAUAUGAAGAUGUACCUGGACACGCUCCGCAGCCCUGGCCAGGAGCAUUAUGUUAGCAAGGUGGCAGCGGAAAUGCGUAAAGCUGCGGCAAAGAGCUGCAACAGAGCUCUUGCCGAGGCUGCGGACGCUUUGCAGGAAGAGUUUUCUCACUUGAAGAGUGUCUUCUUCUUGCGCCUGCGAUCUUUCUUGGUGCUUUCCGUGGAGACGCACAAAGUGUUGGGUCGCGUGGUAACUUUUCCAGGUCAGAUCUCCGACGACUACGGCAACAACCUUGAGGAACACUCGGAGAACGGCAUCAGCCCAGGUAGGGUGGCCUGUGCCCAUUUUGCCGAGAGCCUGCCCACCGUGUACAUCGGCCACUCCCAGGGUUCGGCGAUGGCCCAGCUUUGCGCCUGCGCAUCUGGGCGCCAGGCCAUCAUCUUCGACGGCGCGACGUUGUCAGAACUGCUGGUGCACAACGCUGUGCAGCAGAAAUGUGUGAGGUGGGAGCCGAUGGAGGACGAGGAGAAGGAGUGGCACAUCAUCCACUACCGCACCGGGGCGUUUGCCACGAGGCAGGACGCCACAGUCAAAGCCACUGUCGCCGCGGCGAGGAAGAUCGAGGCCGAGGAAAGGGCUUUCCAGGCUGCCGCCGCCGCCGAGAAGGAGGCCGAGGCAAAAGCGAAGGGUGAGGCUGUAAAGAAAUCAGCUGAGGCGGAUGGCAAAGAGGUGGAAAUGUGGUUUAAGAAGUGCGAGUGGAACCUGAUCGGCGGCAUUAUUCCUCAAGUGGCGCAGAAUCGGUUUGCCCGCACCGGCCGCUACAACGCCAAGGCGCUCAGCGACAUGAUUGUGGACUCUACCGUUGUUAUGCAGCCGGCACACAACCCCUACGUCUGUGGACAAAGCAGCUGA